AUGUUGCCAGUGUCCGCCUCAGCACUGCAGGACUCCACGACAAUCAAUAGCUACCUCUUAGCCGAGCUCAUCGCCGUGCAGCGCGCUGCUGCAAACGGCGCAUCCUUGGCGAACGUUGAUCCUUCUCCUUAUGGCCCAGGAGACCCGACAGGCGAGCCGACAGACGUUUGGGUCAACGCUCUAUGGAUCUCAAGCCUGACGAUCGCGCUGUCGUCCGCGCUCUUUGCAGUUCUCGUCAAGCAGUGGCUCCAGCGCUACGAGUCCGUCAUCUCGGGGUCCCAACGCGAGCGCGUGCUUGUGCGGCAGUAUCGUUUCAAUGGACUGCGGAAGUGGAAGGUGGCCACAAUCAUCGACGUCCUUCCCAUCUUCCUGCAUGUCGCGCUGUUCCUCUUCCUGGCGGGGCUCGCAGUCUUCUUUCACCCUCUAAACACCGAUCUGUCGUACCUCGUCAUCGCUGUCACGGGAGCAACACUCGUUAUCUACACCUGCGUCAAUUUCCUCCCUGUCAUCUAUCCCGAUUGCGCGUUCAAGACCCCCAUCAGUGACCGCUUGUCCCUCGUGUUACGCUACGCACGCAGCAGGUUCGAGCCUAGCGAGUUCGCGCGGGGCUGGCUCGUGCGUCUCAGGCUCGCACGUCUCAGGAUCGGGCAUCGGCUCAGGUGGUUAGCGCGCGCACAUGCGCGCGAUGCACACCUCGAGGAACAGCGAUUGAUGAACGAAUUGAAGCAGCAGGACGAAAAUGGUCCUUCAUCAACAACAACAAUGGAGGACGGCGAGCGGGAACAGGUGAAGGGUGCCACGGACCAGCUCGUCCACGACUCGCUCGUCUGGCUCUCCCGCCACUCAGGCAAUCCAUCUAUCCCGGGCAUCAUCGCAGAGGCCGUAGCGGGAAUGCCCAGCGGCCUCUUCUGUGCUACAUUGAAGGGCACAGGGAGCCAGACUCGCCUCGUGUGCCUCCUCCCCGUCGCAUAUCCGGGCGUCUUCGAUGCCAAUUUCGAGGUCGACCUAGGUGCAGUCAUGUCAUGUGCUACGAAACCUGUGCACCGUGACGGCGUUGCACUGGCAGUGCGAGCGGCAGUGCCGAUACUGGAGCUAUUGCUGAAUUUCGAGACGUUGGAUCCGAGCAAUCCGGGGGGCUUGGACUUGGCUACGCUGGUGGUAUUUUGCAACAGUAGGAGCGACCCUCGCCUACCGCUCUCAAUGUGGCUCUCCUUCGCCACGUCACUGGAGAAGGCCAUUCGGCGGCAUUCCUCUCUCACGUUCGAACAGCUAGCCGUACUCAUGGGACUCGCCGGACCCACAUUCCAAAUCGCGGAUCCGAAGGCUGAUUCGCUGCACCUCUGGAGCAUGCCAAGUUGCGUAACUCUCCGCGAAAUUGCAGACGAGAUACGCACCUUACUGUGUCCGGUCAUUCUCGAUGCACUGCGCGCCAAGGCGGGUCCCGCAGCGCUCGUACGCGCCAACAUGGAUAUCCAAGAUGUGAGGAGGCGGCUGAACGGCUAUACCUGGCCGGCUGUUCUCAAAGCUUUCGGGUGCAAUUUCCCUGCUUUUCAACUGGAAUGUACAGACGGAUAUACCUACAAAUACGAGCCAUCCGGAGGGUGCUAUCAAUGGGAAAGGAACCAAUACUGGGUACAGGGCCAAUCCAGUCCGGACCCCUCACUAGGGCUGUAUGAUGUGGAAGUUGCUCUUCGGGAUAUGCACCCGGUGACGGAUUCGCCUGCGACGAGACGCACGGUGUUGUCCGGCCUCCUCAGACGUUUCGUUCGGAGAGUGGACGAGUACCAAAGCGAGAACACGACGGAGGAUAAGGAGUCUCAGCAAGGCAGGUCGUCCCAGCCAGAUGUAUAGCAAGGAUAAAGUCUGCGCAUACUUCGCUCAACGUUCGCCGACACUGCUCGGCGAUAGUCUAGUUGAACGUGCAUUCAUCCCACCUCGGCACGCUUUCUCAGAACCACUGCUGUAUCCGCCUGUUAUUUAAUAUUAUUUCCGAUGCAAGUACAGCCAGAAAGGGAAGAUACGGAGCGAUGCGGUGGCGGAGGGACGAAUCUCACGACGACGUGAGCAUAGAGAAGUGCCGGUAGCUGAGUGCUAGAUCACCCAUCUCACGACACAUCGCUCGUUUGUCAUGAUUUUACGUUGACCCUCGUUGAGCACCUUCGAACACCACCCUCGUCUGGCAAGAGUAUGUACCCGUUGGCUUCUGCAACGUAUGAGGUUUGACUUUGCAUAUGACAUUACUUGACGGUCGCCAUCAAUUCGGAUGGGAGUAGAGUCUACUACGACUGAAC